AUGCCAAGUUAUGUGAAGUUCAUGAAGGUAAUCUUGUCGAAGAAAAUGAAACUGGAGUACUAUGAGAUAGUGACACUUACUGAGGAGUGCAGUGCAAUACUUCAAAAGAAACUAUCUCCCAAGCUUAAAGAUCCAGGUAGUUUCACCAUUCCAUGCUCCAUAGGGGGAUCAAUGGUGACAAAGGCUUUAUGUGAUUUAUGGGCUAGUAUAAAUUUAAUGCCUCUAUCUAUCUUUCGCAAGUUAAAAUUGGGAGAAGCUCGACCUACUACCGUGUCCUUACAGAUGGCAGAUCGUUCAAUUAAACAUCCUCGUGGAGUGAUUGAGGAUGUACUAGUAAAGCUGGAUACGUUCAUCUUCCCUGUAGAUUUUAUUAUUCUUGAUAUGGAGGAGGAUGAAAAUAUUUCGAUUAUUCUUGGAAGACCAUUUUUAGCUACUGGAAGGGCGCUAAUUGAUGUACAAAAAUCGAAAUUAAAGCUGCGAGUGCAAAAUGAGGAGGUAACAUUUAAUGUUUUUGCUGCAACUAAAAUUCCAACAUAUUGUAGAGUGGAUGUGAUAACAGGAGGCGGUAGCAAGGUGGAAGUUAUCAAGAGAAAGAUCAUUGCUCAAGAUGGUAGUCGAAGAGUGCGUAAUCAUGUGAAAAUGUUCUUUAGUGGGAAAGCUCGAAUGUUACAUGAGUGGUGA